GCUGGCGCCGAUUGGCCGCGGGGCGGGUGCACGCGGAUGUGGGCGCUGGCGCGGGCGCUGCCGCCGGGCCGCGGGCUCGUGUGGCGGCGGGCGGGGUCCGGCACCGGCACCCGCAUCGCGAUCGGGAUCGGGAUCGGGGUCCUGGUCAGGGCCGGCUCCUCCCGCGGCUGGGCCAUGUCCGAGGGCACCUCGGCGGCGCGGCCGGCGCGGCGGCCCAAGGACGUGCCCCGGCACGUGUGGGCCCGCGAGCGGCGGAAGAACGCGGGCACGGGCCUGGCGGGACCCAACACGGUGUACGUGCAGGUUGUGGGGGCCGGGAGCCGCGACGCGGGGGCUGCCGUGUACGUGUUCUCCGAGUUCAACCGGUAUCUGUUCAACUGCGGCGAGGGCACCCAGCGCGCCAUGCAGGAGCACAAGCUGAAGAUUUCCCACCUGGACAGCAUCUUCCUCAGCCGCGUGUCCUGGGCCAACGUCGGGGGGCUGCCSGGCAUGAUUCUCACACUGAAGGCUAUAGGGCUUCAGAGAUGUAUGUUCCUGGGGCCACCAAAGCUGCAAAACUACUUGAAAGCCAUUCGCCUCUUUCCUGGGCCCCUGAAAAGGAUGGAUUUAGCUGUGCAAUUGCACACAGAGCCUGAAUACAAGGAUGAGACAAUGACUGUCUACCAAAUACCUCUGACAGCAAAAUCACUGGCUGCUGAAAGUGCAUCCCCCCAGAGUCCUGGAGCAUCACCCCGAGGUGGAAAUAGCCCURAAGGGGUCACAGGGCCUGGAUCCCCAAGAGCUGCACAGCAAAGCUUGGAGGAAGAAAAGGGAGAAGAAAGCCCAAAGAAAACAGGUGAUGAGCAGAAGUGUGUGAGUAGACAUCCUGAUCUGGUGACGGCUUUUCUUUGUAAAAUUCACCCGAGGAAGGGGAAAUUCCUGGCAGCAAARGCACAGGAGAUGGGCCUGCCAGUGGGAACUCCAGCCAUCCUUCCCAUMAUUACAGCUCUCAAAAAUGGAGAGAGSAUCACUUUUGAAGGCAGAGAGCUGUUCCCCGAGGAGCUGUGCACCCCCACUGACCCUGGUCCAGUGUUCCUCGUGCUGGAGUGUCCUCACGAGGGCUUYGUGGAUGCUGUCUGUGAGAACGAGACCUUCCAAAGGUACCAGGAGGGCCUCCCUGAGAACCAGGUGGCCUUGGUUAUUCACAUGACACCAGAGUCAGUGCUUCGAGACAGCCGCUACCAGCAGUGGAUGGAGAGAUUUGGGCCUGGGACUCAGCACUUGGUGCUCAAUGAAAACUCCUCUGCUGUGCACAACCCACGCAGCUACAAGAUCCAAACUCAGCUCAACCUCAUCCACCCAGACAUCUUCCCUCUGCUCACCAGCUAYCAGAGCAAGGAAGCAGAGGCUGUGUGCCCAGUGCCCAUUGUACGAGGGGAGUGCCUCCUGAAAUACCACCUCAGGCCGCAGCAGGAGUGGCAGAGAGAUGCUGUGACUGUCUGUGAUCCUGACACAUUUGUUAGUGAAGCCUUGGAUCUCCCUGACUUCCAGACCCGUGUGAAGGAGUGCAAAGAGAGCCUGUCUGCUAUACCAGGAAAUGUGGAUGCUUACCCUGAGAUUGUGUUCUUGGGAACAGGAUCUGCAAUUCCAAUGAAAAUCCGCAAUGUCAGUUCCACGCUGGUGAACACCAGUGCCACCCGGUCCCUGCUCCUGGACUGUGGAGAAGGAACCUUUGGACAGCUCUGCCGCCACUAUGGAGAGCAGGUGGACCAAGUGCUGUGUAACCUGGUGGCUGUGUUUGUGUCCCACAUGCACACGGAUCAUCACUCGGGGCUGGUGAAUAUCCUGAUGGAGCGGCGCAGAGCUUUUGCGGCCCUUGGUCAGCCUUUCAGCCCUCUGUUUCUGGUAGCACCUGAGCAGAUCAUGCCUUGGCUUCACGAGUACCACAACCACUGUGAGGAGAUUCUGGGAGACAUCAAAAUGAUUCCUUCUCAGUCUUUGGUGAAAGGCUGUGAGAACAUCAGACCCAAAGCCAAGGAGUUUAUGAGCUCUCUGUUAGAGAGCUAUGACCUGGCUGAGUUUCAGACCUGUGAAGUCCAGCACUGUAAAAAUGCUUUUGCAUGUUCAAUGAUCCACAAGUCUGGCUGGAAAGUAGUUUAUUCUGGUGAUACAAUGCCCUGCAUGGCCUUAGUACGAAUGGGUAAAAAUGCCAACCUGCUGAUCCAUGAAGCCACGCUGGAAGAUGGCAUGGAAAAAGAAGCUAUAGAGAAGACCCACAGCACAACCUCCCAGGCCAUUCAGACUGGGAUGAAGAUGAAUGCAGAGUUCAUCAUGCUCAAUCACUUCAGUCAGAGGUACGCCAAGAUCCCGCUGUUCAGCGAGGACUUCAGCGAGAAGGUUGGGAUUGCCUUCGACCAUAUGAGGGUAAGGGGAGCUUGGGGUCCGUCCUGGGAACAGUGUCAGGGUUAUUUUGGGAUGGCUGCUCAUAAAUUAGAUUCUCUUCUUGCACUGUAUCAAUACUCGAUCUCUGAAGCAGCUCCUUUAACUGCUGGCAGCAGAUAUCAGCAGCAUGGGGAAAAGAUGGCUAAGGGUGAGAUAGGUGCUGAUGGCUCUUGAAUCCAACUCUUAACA